UCAGAAAACCCAGUGAAAAGGAGGAAAGGGAAUAAAGCCUCUGCUUUCUUUAAGAGAGCAUGGAAGGCUGUAAAGCGUCCUUUUCUUUGCUGUGACUGGAACAGAGUGGCUCCCUUUGAACCACAGUCGGAUAUCGAUGAUUUCGAGCAUCUGCCUGUUCCAGGUCCCUCCAGGACCGUCGCAGCACAUGCAGACCUUGAGCCGGUGUGGCUACCAGGCCAGGUCUGUGAAGAUCCUCAGCCGUUGAGUGUUCCGGGCCCCUUCAGCAUCAAGCAAACAACAGAUGUGCCGAAUGCAGAUCCGGCCCGUCCAGAGUCCUCAACGGUCCUUACAGAUCAUGUUGACCCUGAGCAGAUGUGUCCGCCAGUCCAGGUCUGUGACCGCCUCGAGUCAUUGGCUGUUCCAGGACCAUCCAGGAUCAAGUCUACGACUGCCGCAGAUCAUGUUGACCCUGAGCAGAUGCGUCCGCCAGUCCAGAUCUGUGAAGAUCCUGAGCCGUUGAGUGUUCCGGGCCCCUUCGGCAUUAAGCAAACAGCAGAUGUGCCGAAUGCAGAUCCGGCCCGUCCUGAGACCUCAACGGCCCUCACAGAUCAUGUUGACCCUGAGCAGAUGCGUCCGCCAGUCCAGAUCUGUGAAGAUCCUCAGCCGUUGAGUGUUCCGGGCCCAUCUAGGAUCAAGCAAACAGCAGAUCCGGCCCGUCCUGAGUCCCCAACGGCCCUGACAGGUCAUGUUGAUACUGAGCUAGUGUGUCUGCCAGGCCAGAUCUGGGAAGAUCCCCAGCCAAUCAGUGUCCAUGGCCUCACCAAUAUUAAGAAAACGACGGAUGCAGAUUCGGCCUGUGCUGAGUCGCCUCCGUCUGUUCAACACCCCUCUAAAAUUGAAGGGACUGAGGGUGAGUCAUCCUGAAUUUGAUUCAUCUGUUAUUUUAACGCUUUGUUGUUUUUAGCUUGUAAAUCAGACAGUGUAAUUUGUUGUGCUGUUGGUUGUGUAUUAAUUAGUAGCUGCAGCUCUGUUCAUGUAGAUGUUUCUGUUUGUUUUCUUCAUUUUAGAAAAACCCAAGAAAGGAAGGAAAGGGAAAAGAGUCUCUGCUUUCUUUAAGAGAGUAUGGAAGGCUAUAACGCGCCCUUUCCUGUGCUGUGACACAGAUAUAGUCCAGCAUCUUACGCCACAUCCAGAGCUAGAGGAAGCUAACGAAGCUUCUGGACCCCCUGGUAGUAAGUCAUCAUUUUCUUCUAUUUUCUGUAACUCAUAAUUAUUAUAAAUUAGUGAUCAAUUUACGCCAGCAAUUCUGAUAGAAGUUAUUGCUUUCAGCUCAUUGCAUUAAAUCCAGAUUCAAAGGAUACGAGUUAUUUAUUUGAUCCGUUUUAUACCAGACAAUCCAAGGAAAUCUCCCUGCUUUUUUUCUGUGUUUUUCAGGAUUAGAUCUGUCUGAUUUUAAAGUCGGAGCCGUGAUUGGAGAAGGAGCGUUUGGCCAGGUGUUUGUGGCAUCUUACAAACUUCGUAAAAGAGUAAAGGUAGAGAACUACUAUUUACAUUCAGUCAACAUUUUCCUCCUGAUUAUUGAAUAUAUUCAAUUUGUUGGCUUUAAUUUAAUUUGUUGUUUUUUCUUCGCAGGUUGCCCUGAAGUUUAUCUACAAGAGUUUCGACGACCGCUAUCUUGACAUUGUAAGUUGAAUAAAUCACACAACAGUGAAAAUGUGCCGACCAUUAACUCGUCUUUCACUUGUCCCGUACCUGUCUGGACCACUUUAAACUGAACUCAAGAGCAGAUAUGUUGGAAACAGGGAGCCACUGACUUCCAUUGUAGAAACAGAAAAUACUUGAAGUUUCUGCUUACUGGUUUUCAACAUUAAAUAUCUUCUUUUGUGUUCAGCAGAAGAAAUAAACCUGGAGACAAGUUUAGAACACAUGAAUGUAGGGCUGUGGAGUUAAUGAAAACUCAUUUGACAUUAUUGCAGAUAAAAAUGAUCAUUACGUCAUAUCCCGGCCCCUUGUAAAGCAUUCUGCAUUCAUUUCUACGCAAAACUCAAUUUCACGUUGACAUCAGUGAAAUCAUGUAGCGUAACGUUUGCAGCAUGGGAUGUGCUUAAUUAAUUAGAGUGUAUAUGAUUCAUUCACGUCUUUAAUAGUGCUUGUGCUGUUGUGUGCAUGUGCUCAGCCACAAAGACAGACAGAACACACACUAAGAGUCCUCUUUUAGCUUAAACUGCAUGACUAAAUGCUUAAAUACAAGCAAACAUGUGUCAGAACAUGGAGCUCAGUGAUUAUUUACUUAGUGAAGAUUUUGUUGCUGUACUUUGUGCCAUUCUGCUCUGGUAAUAUCUUUGAAAUCUGUUUUUUUUUUUCUAGGAUGGUCAUUCCACACCUGUGCUUGCGGAAGUGGCAAUGAUGCUUAAGUUGGCGAAUGCUCCGCAAUGUCCAAACAUCAUCGGAUUACACGACUGGGUUGAGAAUGAGAGAAACUUCAUUCUCAGCCUGGAGUACGCAGAGUCAUCCCAGACCUUGGAUCAGUACAUCAAAGAUACAUUGGACGUUGGUGAAAAGCGAGCACGCCGGUUAAUGCGUCAGUUGAUCCAAGCUGUAAAGUUCUGCACUGAGCGAGGAGUUUUCCAUGGAGAUAUACACACAGAAAACAUCCUGGUGACGAAACCCCAAUUACAGCUCAAAUUGAUCGACUUUGGUUGUGCUUGGCCAAUUACCAGCGAGCCUUUCGACAGCAGUGAAUAUCGAGGAGCUAUCAUAUGCACGCCACCUGAGGUUUUCUUGCGCCCCAUACACCAUGCUGACCCAGUAAACGUCUGGACAAUUGGCGUCGUUCUGUAUGAAAUCUUGCAUGCAGAUUUGCCCUUUACCGACGAACAUUCAAUAAUGUUUGAAUCCGCUGAGAUGCACCCCAGGUUAUCUACAGCAUGCCAGGACCUGAUUUCCCAGUGUUUCAAACGUAAUCCAGUUAACCGGCUAAAGUUACAUCAGGUUGAAGAGCACCGGUGGUUCAAUCCAAAGACCCCAAAUCCUGUGCAGCAGUUAAAAAAGAAGAGGUAGAGGAACACACCAAGCACAAAACUGCAUCUUCAGUCUUUCUUUGCUUCAUGCUAUUCCUGUUGUUUUCUCUUCUGCUCUUUUAGAGUCAAGUCUUAUUUGACAGCCCUACAUAUCACUGCUUAAAUAACUUUGUGUUGUUUCUACUUGUUUUCUUCAUUUUAGAAAAAAAAAGAAAAAACGAAAUAAGAAGAAAGCACCAUUAAAGUCACAAAACUAGCAUUAUCAGUUAUUAAUUACUCCCUCAUGUCAUUCCAAACCCCUAAGACCUUACUUUUCUUCAGUGUCAGUUCAUGAUGUGUGUUGAUGAGAGCUCUGUCCUGCACUGUAUGUGUGUCGCACUGCUGACGUUUACCUCAGAUGUGCCCACGCUUUGUUUAAAUGAGAGGAAGUCGCGCAGGCCUCUGGGUUUUCCGUCAGCAGUGAGACACACAUCCAGUGCAGUACAGGACUUCUGAAGUCAUUCUUUUUGUUUGAUAAGUUUUGUGUUUUUCUUUCUGCAUUAAAGAAGUUUCUCUUCACAAUGACAGCUGUAGCUCCAAACCCCUGACACCUUUCCUUAUCUUCAGAAAACAAAUGAAAAUAUUU